CGGACACCACUACCCAAUACCAAGUCCAUUAGCACCAUUUUGUUGUUCAAACCUCGAAGUUGGGUUGGCAGCUCGGCAUUUCCGCAAACACCUCUCACUCGUUUUCUUACUACUAUUCUUUCCACUUGCUUUCAGAAUUAAGUCUCCAAGUUGCCAGCUUUCUGUCGCCGCCUCUCUUUUUCGUACUCCGGCCGGUGAUGGAAGCUUAUUCUCUGCUGGAACGCUACCGUUUAGAUCGUCGGAAGCUUCUGGAAUUCAUAUUAUCUUCAGGAUUAGUUAGAGAAAUACGAACUCCGUCAGGCUCUUCUGCUUCGAUUUCUGACGUUAAUCUUGAUUUUAUCAGUGCCGACUACGUUCUCCAGUCCAUUAAAUCCAGUGGAGUGCUGGAUGUUGCAUUAGCAACUAAGAAAUACUAUGAAGAAUCUGAGCUGCCAAUAAUGAUGGACUUGCAUUCAAGGGAUUUCUAUUUUCUUCUUACAGAUCCACAAUCAUCUGGAUCUCCUCCUCGGCGGCCACCACCUCCAGUUUUAGCCAAUUACUUUGACAAUGGUAGAUCAUCCACUUCCAGCCUGCGAGAUCGUUCAGCUUGUCAUAGAGUUUCUGUAUCUGGUGUUGAAUCUGGGGUGAACCAUGCAAAUGUAGCAAAUACUGUUUCGGAACCUGUGCUUAUGGUGGACGUUCCAGACCUUGGCUUACCAAGCUUGUGGACAGGAUUACUGGACGAUGACUUGCGGGAAUCUGCUUAUGAAGCAUGCCUUGCAUGUAUGAUGUUUUCUGGGAUUGACAUUUCAAUUCAGAGUAGAAAGAAAGACAAGAAUCCCAAAUUUCUGUCUGGGUUGAAGACCAAAAAGGGUAAAUAUCUGCAGUCUCAAUCUCCUGAAAGGCAUGUAGAAUUCCUGGAUACCAUUCGCAUGCAAAUGCAAAUUUCUGAAGUAAUGGAUACCUUUGCUAGGCGACGUCUGGUGCAGUUUGCCUCAGUGAAAGCAUGGGGACAAUUUAGUGUUCCAGAAAUUGCAUUGGGUUUUUUGAAUGGCACAUUCAGAUCUGACUUCCCAAGUGUAAAAUCGUAUACUCAUUGGAAGAACAGACAAGCUGAUAUUCUUGAGGGAUAUUUUUGCUUUGCAAACGAUGUGGCUGACAAGCAGAAAAUUGGACAAUUGGUUGCAAAAAUUAGGAAUUCUGAGGAAUGGGACAAUAAUAUGUCUCCUUCGGAGCGGAGUGAGAUCUUAUUAGCUCUGAAACAAUAUCUCUGCGUAUUAUCAUCUAAGCCCGGACGAUUUGGUAUUCAAGGAGAAACAUACUAUUGGACUUCUGCAUAUCACAUGAAUAUUAGGCUUUACAUGAAGCUACUGUUUGGCUUAUUUGACAUUCUGGAAGAUGGCCAGCUUAUAGAGGAAGCUGAUGAACUCCUUAAGAUCGUGAAGCUGACUUGGCCUUUGUUGGGUAUCACACAGAAAUUGCAUAGUGCUUUGUACGUGUGGGUGCUUUUUAAACAGUUUGUUGGGACAGAGGAGACUAUGCUAUUAGAGUAUGCUAUUAGAGUAAUGCAGAAAUCGCUAUUCUCUGAAGCUAGUGAACCGAGGGAAGAUGAAUAUAUCUGUAGUUUAUCAUGUUCAGCUACAUCUGGCAGCAAUGAAUAUAAAUUCAACUUGGUGCAGUCUAUAUUUUUCUCAAUUGGCUCUUGGUGUGAAAUUAAACUGCAAGAUUAUCAUCUGCAUUUCUCUCAGAAAUCUUCUCUCUUUAAAGGGGUGAUGAACAUGGCAGUCAAAAUUUGCAGAGUUGAUGCCAGCAAGCAUUUUAAGUUUAUAGAAUCUGAUGAUUUGGGGGAGAGUACAUCGAGGAAAGUGAAGGGAUAUGUUGAUCGGUCGUUGGAAGCUGCAUGCAUGAGGGUGAUGGAUAAUAUAUAUUUCGGAUCUGAAGUAGAUAGGACACAUCCCUUGGCCCUCCUUGCAAGUGAGCUUAAAAUUAUUGCUGAGAGGGAGCUCAGUAUGUAUUAUCCUGUCCUAUGUCAUUGGUAUCCUCAAGCUGGCAUAGCUGCAUCCAUAAGAUUGCACCGUUUUUAUGGCGAAAAACUGAGGCCAUUUCUCCAGAGUGUAUCAUACCUUUCUGAAGAUGUUAGAGCAGUACUUCCUGCAGCCAACGAAUUGGAGAAUUGCCUUACUGAGCUUUACUGCACUGCAUGUCAAGAAAAUGGCUUGACUUUGCAGUUCAGUGAAGAAUUUAUCCAUUAUCAGAUUGGAGAAAUUUCGAGGCCACUAAUCCUUGAUUGGAUUAUUGCCCAGAAUAAACGUGUCAUGGAAUGGACUGCACGUUCUUUUGAUCUUGAGAAUUGGGAACCUUUGUCACAUCAGCAAAAACAAGCACCUUCAGCAGUUGAAGUGUUUAGGAUCAUAGAGGAGACUCUGGAUCAACUUUUUCAGCUGAGACUACCAAUGGAUAUUACACACCUGCAGGCUUUGCUUUCCAUUAUAUUUCAUACUUUGGAUGCUUAUUUACAGAAAGUUACAAGUGAAUUAGUUGGAAAGCAAAAUCUCUAUCCACCUAUACCACCUCUGACUUAUUACAAGGAGACGACAUUUCCGAUAGUAAAGAAGAAGCUAGUUGAGUCUACUGUGCUCGAGGAUGAAGUUACCAAUAAAUUGAAUGAAUUGACAACAUCAAAACUCUGCGUCAGAUUGAACACUCUUCAAUAUAUUCAGAAACAAAUUUCUGCACUCGAAGAUGGCAUCAGGAAGUCUUGGUCAUUUGCUGGGCCAUUUGAUAAUGGAGAACAUUCAAUAGAGGAAUCCCCUGAGACUUCUGGCAGAAUUUUAGAUACCUGUAGUGAAUCAGUUGAUGAGCUUUUCGUUGCCACCUUUGACUGCAUCAGGGAUACUGCUGCUCAUGCUAUCAGAAGUAUCUGUGAGUUUAUUGGGGUAAGGGUUGUCUUCUGGGAUUUGAGGAAAUCAUUCCUGUACCGUUUGUAUCAUGGUGGUGUCGAGAAUUCCCGUUUAGACAGUUUACUUCCAAACCUUGAUGGCGCCCUUAAUCAAGUCUGUGGUUUGAUUGAUGAUGCACUACGAGAUCGUGUAGUCUCCAGCAUUUUUAGGGCAACCUUGGAAGGAUAUGUUUGGGUGUUACUGGAUGGAGGACCUUCAUGCGCAUUUUCUGAUUUAGAUAUUCCUUUGAUGGAAGAUGACCUCAACAUGUUGAAAGACUUAUUCGUAGCUGAUGGAGAAGGCCUCCCUCGUUCUUUAGUCGAGGAAGAAGCAAAAUUUGCCCAUCAACUUCUAAGCCUGUUUUCCCUUCAGGCUGAAUCUGUUAUCCAACUGUUAAUGAGUUCGAGUCAACACAUCUCAGUGGGACUAGAGGUACAUAAAUCUGGUCACAGGUGCUUGGGUGAUGCCGAUACACUGAUACGAGUCUUAUGUCACAAAAAAGAUAGAGAAGCCUCAAAGUUUUUAAAGGAACAAUAUAAGCUUCCUGCAUCUUCAGAAUAUGACGAGGAUGGAGUGGAGCCUAACUUCAAAUCAGUUCUAGUGACGGAUCUUAUAAGGCGAAGUGCAUCAGCUCGUUGGUCGGACAAGGGCCACAGUAGCUUCAAAUCUAUUAAGAAGAAGCUGCAGGAAGCUACUUGGAGAUAAAAGGCUUGGGUUAUGGUUAAGCCCACCCGAUUCUGAAGCAACUCAAAAUGAUAUAAUACUACUCUAGCCUGCCUGGUGCACCUCAGAUUAAAGCUAUCCUCUUCAUGUCCCAAACAAGAUGGAUUUCAUGAAUCUGGCAGUAUAGAAAAAUUUGCUUUGAUGCGUGUGAAGGCAGCGUUCCAAAGGGAUCUUUCAGCUGAUUCAUAAAAUAGAUUCUUGGGGGGGCGCCCGAAGGCUUGUUGAUGCAUCUCCCGUAGGAAAUCUAGCAAGCAAAUUUGGGCGUGUUGUUUCUUGUUUCCUGUUUGUGUGGUAUUCCAUCUUCAUUGUGAUUAAUUUUUUUCGAGGGUAGGACUCCUGACCGAACUUCAUAUUGAACUAGGCAAUCAUGUAGACUUAGGGUGCAUUUAUUAAUUUAUUAAAUUGUUGAGUAUUAAAUUUUAAUAUUUGAGCAUAUUUUGUAUUAAAUGAUAAACGAAUGAUAUCAUUUAUUUUUCGGA